AUGUUUUUACAAAUUUUACUGGUUGCGCUGAUAACCUCUGUGGGAAGAGCUUGCGUUCCUCAACAUCUCGAUGUCCGGCAAGUCGAUCAAAACAUACAAAGGCGUUCUCUACACACUCCUUCGUCAUCUAAGAUCGGUAUUGCAAAUGUGAACCUGUUUACAGGGACGCGGUUUCGACGUGGUGCCCUAGCCAUUGUCGGUGGUCGGAUCACAUUCGACCUCAAAGAUGUCGACCAAUGGAUCAAUGGCAACAGCGGCUACCUGAUCCCUGGCCUCAUUGACAGCCAUUGCCAUCCAGGUUCGAUCGGUGACCUCAAAAUUCUCAGCUCCUACGGCGUCACAUCGGCCAUGGGCAUGAAUUGUGCAAACUAUGCUCUCUGCGCAUCCAUGAAAGACCAACCCGGCUUAACAUCAUUCUUCACCGCAGGCCAUGGAAUCGCAGCACCCGGUAGCGCACAUGCUUUGAUAUUCCAGACUCCACCGGAACUCCUCAUCAAUAGCACCGCAGAAGCUUCCAUGUUCGUUGACUAUACGUUUGGCAACAAAUCCGACUGGUUGAAGAUUACCGCUGAAAACAGGGGCCCGAGCCAAGAGACACAAAAUCGACUUGUGAGCCUGACGCACGCCGCUGGCAAACAGGCCAUGACGCAUGCCGCAGGUGUCGACUACUAUCUGCAAGCAAUCGCUUCGGGCACAGACGGGAUUCAGCACACCCCGGGCGACAGACUGCUGACUGCAGAUGCUAUCAACGGUAUCAAAGCGCACAAUAAGUGGGUUACUGCAACUAUGGUCCUUGUCAAGGCAUUCAUCGCAAGCCCACAGGCGCUCGCCGUAUCGAGCUACACGAACGAAUCCUGGCCGACCGUGGUACAGAAUGUUCAGAAGAUGUACAAGGCGAAUGUGACACUGCUAGUCGGCACAGAUGCUAUACCUGCCAGUACCUCGUCAUCGCUCGGCGGCAUCCAGAAUCCUCUCGGAAAAACCGUUCACGAUGAACUGGACGUCUUCGUCAACCAGGUCGGCUUCACACCGGCUGAGGCUCUACGGGCAGCAACGGUCCUGCCCGCGAAGAUGCAUAGACUAAGUGAUCGGGGAGUCAUUGAGGCAGGGAAACGCGCUGAUCUUGUAUUGCUAAGGUCGAACCCGUUGAAAAAUAUCUCGGCUACCAGAGACAUUGUCAGGGUGUGGAACGGUGGGAUUGAGUUCAAUGCCACUGCCGCUCUAUAA